AUGCAUGCAAAGAUUAGAGGAGGUAUCAUCUCUGCGGUCACUCGUGCAGAGAACUACAUUGACGGGUAUUCUGAGGAAGAGAGGAGUUUGCCAAGCUAUGUGACCAACUUGAGGACUCAGCUUAGCCUAGUGACGUCCAUGAGAGAGAAAUACAUCGGUGUACAGGACACCAUCAUCGAGCAGCAGGUCAGCGACGCGAAGAAGCAAGCAGAGAUAGUCAGCAAGGAGCAAUUUUUGCAACGCUGUGAUGAUCUGAUCGAACGCAUCGAAGCCUUCAUUCAUGAUGCUCCUAACUCCUCAUCUAGCGAUAGUGAGGACACCAAGGCAGGAUCUUCAACUCAAGGUGACUUCACCCGCUACUUUCUCACCUUCAUGAGACGAUCAGAGGAACGGCACCAGCAGCAAAUGGAGAUGCUUAUGGGGACCUUCAACAACUCGACACCUGAUGAGCGCUUUGAAACAGUCAAAGCAUUAAGCCUUUGUCGUAACUGCUUCGCUCGACAUUUGACUAAUACAUGCACCUACCACAAAUGUAACAAAUGUCAGGGACGUCAUAAUGUGCUUCUUCAUGAGAAGUACGCAUCAGGACGUCCUCCAAAUCCAGCUUCAGAUACAUCGAAUGGGAAACCUCCUACUUCUCACGGUAACCCUACUCCUCCACCAGCUCCCACCAAUUCAGGGUCGAUUGUCAAUACUUGCUCUUCCGUAACUGACCACAAUGAUAUGCCUCCCCGUGUCUUUCUUGCGACCGCUGUGGUUAAUGUUCUCACGGACUCCGGACAGAUGAUUCCCUGCAGAAUAUUGCUUGAUGGUGGAGCUACGGUGAAUGUCGUUAGUUCCAAUAUGGCUGCACGCUUAGGUCUACCAACGUUCCCUUCUCGAUUAUCAAUUUGUGGCGUGAAUGCUUCUCGAUCACGCUCCAAUGCAUUCACAUACGUGACAAUUCUGUCCAGAACAUCUUCAAUUCGAUUUAAUUCGAAAUGCUUCAUCUUGCCUCAAGUCACCGGAAGCAUACCUAGUUGGCCGGUCGACGAUUCUAAUAUUCACAUUCCUCAAGAUGUCGCUCUUGCGGACCCCCAAUGGGCUGUAUCUAGACCUGUUGACAUGCUUCUUUGUGGAAACCAUUACUGGGCUAGUUGGUUGAAUGAUAGCAUCGAGUUAGGCCCAGGGUUGCCACACUUGAAAGACACAGUAUUUGGCUACGUUGUUGUUGGGGAACAAGAGCCCAUUCCACCUCCUGAUGGCCUUGCAUUUUCUGCUACUUCUUUGGAUGAGUCCUUGCAUAAGUUUUGGGAAGCGGAAGACCUAUCUGAGAAUGUGAACUAUACAGAAGACGAAAUUGCUGCCGAACGUCAUUUUGCCUCCACAUAUAAGCGCGAUGUUGAUGGAAGGUUUAUUGUUCAACUUCCCUUUCGAGAAGACCCACGCAUACUGGGAGAGUCCAGGCCUCUCGCUAUUCGCCAAUUUCUUGCUUUGGAGCGCAAAUUUGAGAAAAACCCUAAAUUAAGGGAAGCAUAUUCCGAGAUCAUUCGUGAUCAAUUGUAUAAACAAUGGAUUGAACCUGUCCAUGGUGACCCAAAGGGUCCUGUUUUCUAUAUGCCUCACCAUGGUGUUGUAAAAGAGUCUUCUGUCUCGACCAAACUAAGGAUUGUGUACAAUGCCAGUGCAAAAUCUUCCUCGGGGUUCAGUCUAAAUGAUAUCUUGCGCAUUGGACCAGUCGUACAGCUUGAUCUGGCCACUAUUUUACUGAAUUUCCGAAAGCAUGCGUACGCAAUGACCGCUGACAUAAAUAAAAUGUAUUUACAAAUCUUACUUCAUCCCUCACAUUCAGACUUUCAGAGGUUUGUUUGGCGAGAAAAUAAAUCAACACCUAUUCAAGAUUUUCGCAUUAAACGAGUUUGUUUUGGGGUGGCUUCGUCACCAUUCUUGGCAACAAGAACACUUGUUCAAGUAGCCAAUGAAACAAAGGAUUCAUAUCCACUCGCUUCAGAAGCACUCAAAACUACAUUUUACGUUGACGAUUGUCUCAUCUCCGUAAAGUCUCUUGAAGAAGGGCGCAUCAUUCAAUCUCAGCUUAUCAAGGUGUUGGAUAGUGCAGGAUUUCCCCUCACAAAGUGGGUUACCAAUCAUCAUGAUUUGCAACCAGCUUCAGCCAAUGAAUCCAAUAUCAUUCAGAUUAGUGAUGAGACGACAAGUGCAUUGGGCAUUACUUGGAAUGCUAAGUCAGAUCAUUUUUUCUUUCGUCCACCUAUUUCUGUUGAUGAGGCAUGCAAUUCAAAACGAAAGGUGAUGUCAGCCAUUGCAAAAUUAUUUGACCCUUUGGGAUUGGUGGGUCCCGUCAUUAUUGAGGCAAAGCUCAUUCUUCAAGAUGCCCAUAAAACAAAAUGUGAAUGGGACAGUGUUUUACCUGACGAUUUAAUUCGGAGAUGGACAAAUUAUGUUAUCAAUCUCCAGCACUUGGGUGAGAUUCUGAUCCCACGUUGGGUCUCUGAUUCGCUUUCCCCAUCUUCGACGGAACUUCAUGUUUUUUCCGACGCUAGUCAGCGAGCGUACGGAGUCUGCAUUUAUCUCGUCACGAGAACAGUUGAGGGAGAUGUCUGUUCACAUCUUUUGACAUCGAAAUCUAGGAUUGCACCGCUCAAAGAAUCCACUAUUCCAAAAUUGGAACUCCGGGGAGCGCAUUUGGCAGCCGAAUUGGCGUCCAAAGUCAAAGAGCAUUACAAACCCGAUGCGAUUUAUUAUUGGUGCGAUUCUACCAUUGUCUUGUACUGGCUUCAAGGAUCUCCUGACCAUUACAAAAUCUUCGUCAGCAAUCGAGUUCGGAGGAUCCAAAUGCUUUCCGAUCGUACUCAAUGGAGAUAUGUCCCUACGCAUUGCAAUCCAGCAGACAUCAUCUCUAGAGGUGUAACACCGCAGCAGCUUCAAGAUUUGGAUCUAUGGUGGCAUGGACCAUCUUGGUUGACAAAGUCUAGGUCUGCUUGGCCACCAGAGUUUCCACCACCAGGACCAUCUUCCGAACCAUCUUCCACCAUUAUGCUCGAGACAAUUGAUGAAGAGGCCGAAAUGGAACAGUCAAUUCUCUCCAAACUUCUCUCUCGCUACUCUUCGUUGACAAAAAUUCAGAGAAUUAUUGCCUACGGUCGUCGAUUCUAUCUUCCACGUGCUUUGAAGGAGGGUCUUACCAUUACACCAAUUGAGAUGGAAGAGGCAUUGAACAAACUAAUCUACAUGGAUCAGCAGGAGAAUUUUCCUGGUCUUGCAGAUAACUUGCGAAAGCGAGGAACCAUCACGCUUCCAAAAUGGAAACAUUUGCUAGCUCUUGCCCCAUUCGUAGAUUCAGACGGUCUCAUAAGAGUAGGUGGUCGCCUAGAAGAAGCUCCUAUCUCUUACCAGUCGAAACAUCCUAUUUUACUACCAAAAUCUGUGCUUACUAAACGAAUAAUUGCUCACGAGCAUCAUCACAACCUCCAUGCGUCUCCAACAGUACUACUCGCUACAUUGAGGCAAAGGUACUGGCCACUUUCUGCUCGAAACAUUAUACGAAGCGUUGUCCACAACUGUUUGCGAUGCACUCGUACCAAACCUCGUCCACUUCAGCAGCUCAUGGGCAACUUGCCAUCCCAGCGUGUCACUCUGUAUCGCCCAUUCCAAUCCACAGGCGUGGAUUACGCAGGACCCAUUCUCUACCGCCCCUCAGUUCAAAGAGGAUCUACUGCAAGGAAAUUGGGGCAAAUGAAAGGCUAUAUAGCAGUUUUCGUUUGCAUGGCUACGAAAGCUGCACAUCUGGAAUUUGUAUCAAGCUUGACUACAGAAGCAUUUCUAGCAGCUUUUCGACGCUUUGCGGCGAGGAGAAAUACACCGAGUCACAUGUAUUCAGACUGCGGCACCACGUUCGAGGGAGCAUCGCGGGAAUUAUCCAAACUCCUUAGACAGGAACAGAUGCAGAAGGAGAUUAAGGAAGGAACUGUGGAUUGUGGCACAACUUGGCAUUUCAUACCAGCUAGAGCUCCUCACCACGGUGGCUUGUGGGAAGCUUGUGUAAAAGCAGUAAAAUAUUAUCUUUCGCGAGUCACUCAAAAUGCAAACCUCACAUUUGAGGAGCUUUCGACAAUCCUAUGUCAAAUAGAGUCAAUUUUAAAUAGUAGGCCCAUCUCUCUAAUGUCCGAUGACCCCAAUGAAAGGGAAUUUUUGACACCUGGUCAUUUCUUGACAGGUGUCCCAGGGAAUUUUCCUCCCGAUCCUGACCUUACGGAAAUCCCAGAAAAUCGUUUAAACCUUUGGCAACGUUGCCAGCAAAGAGUUCAACAUUUCUCUAAGAAGUUCCACCUUGUUUAUUUAAACACGCUUCAGCAGAGAUCUAAGUGGAGGGUGGAUCAACCAAAUUUAAAGCUAGGAGAAGUAGUUCUUGUUUUAGAUGAAGCUCAACUAGGCACUAAAUGGGUUUUAGGUCAGGUCUCAGAAAUUCACCCGGGGAGAGAUGGGCGCGUCAGAGUAAUUUCAGUUAAAACGUCUAAGGGCCUUUAUACUCGUCCCAUAACAAAAAUAGCAAGACUAUUUAUUGAUGAUAAGGUCCUUGCUUCCAAUCAAUCGUAAAAUGGAUUGGAACCAACCGGGGAGCAUGUCUGGGGUGCUCAUGAAAUAUUCGAAAUUUUAAAGCCUAAUGUCUUUGGGACAUCUCCCUAUAAAAAAAAAUGCACCCAAUUUCUGUCGAUGUCAUUAUGUCAAAAAAAAAAGGCAUUCUUUCUCUGUUUCCGGUGACUUUUUACCCAUACCGUUAGCUUGAAGAGACGUGACUUUUUUCAUUGCGCGAAUUAAUAUCCCAAAAAAUUAAUUUAAUCUGUGGCAAAAAUUAUAUUAAACUCUGUUUUAGAAUAAAGGUUGAAUUGUGAAGAUAGGGAGUGAACUUUUUAGAAUAAAAUUGUGAAUUGAAGUGAAGAAAAUAGUGGUUUCUUUCAUCGCCGAAGAUUUCCGCAUGCACCAUCAUAUAUUUGGAUCAUCUCUGGGAAUUCCACCGGAUUUUCAACGCAUCCCAAGGAGUUCGUGAGUAAAACCAAGGAAGGAAAUUUGGGAAAAGGCAACAGCCAAAAGUUUGCGUGAAAAUUCCCACCACUUGGCCUUCUAACAACGUGCAUAGAAACUCACGUGACUAGGGUGAUAUUCCCCAGGGGCUCCACAGAACACCCAAGAGCUUUGCAACAGGGAAAAAUUUUGUUCCUUCUCCCCAGAUAGGCUCAAGGAGGGCUCAAUUUAAUAUCUUUUCGUUAUUUUUCAUAGGUAGAAGAUACCAUUUGUCAUCCAUUCAAUUAUCAGGGAAUUAAUU